UCUGUUCGCUGGACGCCGGCCAGGGAUGCUUCCGCCGGACCGCUGUGUGGGUCUUGGGUUGUGGCGGAGGGAUGGCGAAUGUGCAGGUGGCCGUGAGGGUCCGGCCUCUCAGCAAGCGGGAGACCAAAGAAGGGGGAAGAAUUAUUGUGGAAGUUGAUGACAGAGUGGCAAAAAUCAGGAAUGUAAAGGUGGACAGUCGACCAGAGAGCUUUGGAGACACCCGGGAGAAGGUUGUGGCAUUUGGCUUUGAUUACUGCUAUUGGUCAGUCAACCCAGAGGACCCUCACUAUGCUUCUCAGGAAGUGGUGUUCCGGGACUUGGGAACUGAAGUACUGUCUGGAGUAGCCAAAGGCUACAACAUAUGUCUCUUUGCCUAUGGGCAGACAGGCUCUGGGAAGACAUACACCAUGCUAGGGACUCCAGCCUCUGUUGGGUUGACUCCGAGGAUAUGUGAGGGUCUCUUCAUCGCGGAGGAUGACUGUGCCUCACUGCCUUAUUCCCGUAGCAUAAAAGUAAGCUUCCUAGAAAUCUACAAUGAACGGGUGAGAGAUCUUUUGAAGCAAUCCAAUCAAAAUAAGUCCUAUACCUUAAGGGUCAGGGAGCACCCAGAGAUGGGACCCUACGUCCAAGGUCUGUCUCAGCAUGUUGUUACCAACUAUCAGCAAGCUAUCCAGCUCCUGGAGGAGGGGGUAGCAAACAGGAUCACGGCAGCCACCCAUGUUCAUGAGGCCAGCAGCCGAUCCCAUGCCAUCUUCACUAUCCACUGCACACAGGCAGUCCUACAGAACAGCCUCCCCUCAGAGACGGCCAGCAAGAUCAAUCUUGUGGACCUAGCAGGCAGUGAGAGAGCUGAUCCCAGUUACUGUAAGGACCGGAUUACUGAAGGCUCCAAUAUCAACAAGUCCCUUGUGACCCUGGGAAUUGUAAUCUCCACUUUAGCCCAGAACUCACAAGUGUUCAGCAGCUGCCAGAGCCUCAGUAGUGCAGCCAGCAGUGGGGGUGACAGUGGGGUUCCCAGCACCACAUCUGGGGCCAGCAGCGGAGGGGGAUCUGCGAGGAGGCAGUCAUAUAUCCCAUACCGGGACUCUGUGCUCACCUGGCUGCUGAAGGAGAGCCUCGGAGGCAACUCCAAAACCAUCAUGGUUGCCACGGUGUCCCCUGCACAUACCAGCUACAGUGAGACCAUGAGUACAAUGAGAUACGCAUCCAACGCCAAAAACAUCAUCAACAAGCCACGGGUGAAUGAGGAUGCAAAUGUGAAACUCAUCCGAGAACUCAGAGAAGAGAUUGAGAGGUUGAAAGCCAUGUUGCUGAACUUUGAACUGAGGAACUUCAGCUCACUGAAUGAUGAUCUGGAUGAGAGCUUGCAGGAGCUAGUAUUCCAAAGUGAUUUGAAGAUAGACACGCUGACUCAACAUUGGACUGAGAAGCGCAAUGACUGGCAGGCGCUCAUGGAGCAUUAUGGUGUGGACAUCAACAGGAAGAGGGCCAGGGUGGUCAUCGACUCCAGCCUGCCACACCUGAUGGCCUUGGAGGACGAUGUGCUCAGCACAGGCGUCGUGCUUUAUCACCUCAAGGAGGGGACAACAAAAAUCGGAAGGAUUGAUUCAGACCAGGAGCAGGAUAUUGUCCUUCAGGGCCAGUGGAUUGAGAAAGAUCACUGCACGAUCACUAGCACUUGUGGGGUGGUCAUUCUCCGGCCUACCCAAGGGGCACGCUGUACGGUCAAUGGCCGUGAGGUCUCUGCUUCCUGCCGUCUGACACAGGGAGCUGUCAUAACCCUGGGGAAAGCACAGAAGUUCCGAUUUAACCACCCAGCCGAGGCUGCUGUGCUGCGGCACCAAAGGCUCAAGGUUGGAGAGGCUCUUGGCAGCAGUGGAUCUUUGGAAUGGCUGGACUUGGAUGGAGAUGUCAGUGCCUCAAGACUGGGUCUCUGUCCUGUGCUCAGGAAGGAGAGGAGAGUGCUGGAAGAACAGAGUGACAAGGACCAGCAGCCAUCAAGAAAUGGCGAGAUCCCUUCCAGAGCCCAGACAGAACAACAGCAGUGCCAUGUGGAGGCUCUGACGCAGCAAGCCAAAGGACAGUGUCGAGUCCAGAAGGAGCUAGAACUGGACCACACACAUAUCAGUCGGCAGAGAAACGACAAUCAGCAGUGGCUACUCAAAGAAGAGACCUGGCUAGCCAGCCUACGAGAGACACAGCAAGAAGGCUACUGCGGAGAAGAGAAAGAACUCGUGGCCUCUGUGGCACCUGAUGCUUGGCUUCCAACAGUUGCUCAGACUCCACCAUCCCCACUGGUCCAAAGCCAGAAGAGGGUGGUGCAGCCCCAGUGCUCACCGAGACAUACUUCUCGGGCUACAGUUUGGAACAUCAGGCAGAAAAAGGUAUCGUUCCAGCUGGAGAGAAUUAUUAAGAAGCGGAGGCUGCUGGAGGCCCGGAGGAGACUGGAGCAGCUCAGUGCCCUCUUCUGGGUCCAGGAUGGUGGUGCUUCCAGGGCCCCAGGUUGGGCCCCUAGCUCUAACACCUCAGGCCCAGGUUCUCAGCGGAGCAGCAGACGGACAACUUGCAGUUCUCUGAGUCGCCGACGCCUGCCCCAGCUACACAGUGCUUUCAUGAACUGGGAUCCUUCUGCCAUGUCACCACCUGUGCCUGAGCUGACUCACCAAAUGCUAGAAAAAUCCUUGUCAACUGAUUUCAUUCCUCCAAGGGCAGGACGCCUGGGCAGGAACAGCCUCCAUUCAUUGUGGUGGAGGAAGUUCUCUCCAGCCAGGAGAGCCUCUACCCAAAGCACCCAUCUCACUGUGAGCCACAAAUCUGUCAGUAGUCAAGAAAUUGAGUCACUGGGUAAGCAGCCCUGUCAGAUGUCAUCCCAGGGCCAAUCAACUAAGAAACAAAAAACAAGGGACGGUUCAAGGACCUUCAUCCCUUCAUCCACGUGGGCUAAGGGACUAACAGCCUCUGUCAGCACACAAACUGGGUGGACAAAAGAAGGGAGCUGUGGGACCUACAAGACUCCCAAGGAAACUACUUCCCAGUCUACGGAUCUCAGUGGAUUGGAGCCAGCAGCUGGGCAUAGGAAAGUCGUCAAGUCUUUUCAGGCAGAAUCCAAACCCCCACCUCCAAGCAGGGCAUCAAAGAAGCAUCCGAGGGCGUUGGCAGCGAGGGCCAGGGACUUCGCCAAAACGUUCUCGCGUUUGCCUCAGGGCAGCCCUUUAAAAGACCAGCCUCGUGCAGGGCAUCCAGACACACCAGCCUCCUUCACAGAUUCUAGACCUAUAAAGGGCCGUGUAAGGGAAGAGGACAGAGGUUUAUCUGACACCGAAAGCAGCUACUCGGUGGAUUCUCUCUCUUAUGUCUGUGCCCAAGUCCCAGAGAAACUGCUGAAACCAGAGGGCCUUCAGGGAAAAUGGAAGCUCCCAGAUCCAGAGAACUCUGAAAGUGACAACAGUCAAAUAUCUGAGGAUUCAAUUGCUGGGAAGGGGCAUGGAAGCCUCUCAACAAACUCUAGAGGUGAAUAUUCCAUGAAGGACCAUGGGCAUUCAAGGGCCAGAACUUCAGCCUCUGUGCGGGGUCUCCCCAUGCCCUCAGACAGUAACUUAUAUACUCAAAAAUAUAGGAGCUUUUCUUUGGACAGCCUGAUUGACCCUGAAAAUAGGCAAGGGGAACCUUUCCUUGGUUCUGCUGAUGAGAUGCCUACAGAGACUUUUUGGCAUCUGCAGAAUGCCACCCUGUCUUCAGUAGACCAGGAGGCAAUGGCUAGGUCUAGCCCUACCAACCAUAGAAUGGGAGUUGGGGUGAAUGUUCUCUUGCCAAAGAGCAAUUCAUUUUACCUUGAUCCUCAGUUCCAGCCCUCUUGUGAUCAGCUUGAGUCAGAAAUGGAGGCAAGCUAUUCCGAACACACCAACCCUCUCCGAGGCAUUCAACUUGCAAGAGAGAGCCCCCUGUUAUCUGUGGAUUCAUGGUUUUCUUGUGACUCUAAGAUCAGUCCCAGCAGUCCCUCAGGGGUCAUACAUUCUUUAUGUCCAAAUCCUGACAUACAUGAAAUUCAGCCACAUGGUGAGAAGCCCAAACACUGGCUAAGCAUUGAAGAAGUAAAGCCACUAGGUACCUGCAAACUCCCCCAAAGCAGUACUGAGCCACCUUGCAGUUCAGAUUUGUAUGCAACCUCUGUUUCUGAUACAUCCAAGCCCUCAGUUUCUGAAAGCCAAGGACUCCUUCAGCCAGGAGCUGAUGGAUUCUUUCAGGGCAGAGAAAUGCCUGACAUGACCAACCAGGGCAUCUCUGAAGAGUCUCACAAUUCUGACAUGUCAAGCAUGUUGGCUCCCUCUACCACGUCAUUCACUCAUGUAUGUAGUAUUAAUAAGAAGGACUGGGCUGCCCUUCAUCAAGAAUAUCUCCUUGAGCUCUCUGAUUCUGGUUUUGAGGCUGUAGGAGAGCCCAGGCCAGCUUUCCCCUUCCUGGAGGAAGACUCCAGUUCCCUGACUGAAGCUUCUGAUAGAGUAGACACUCACUUGCCAACUGGCCCUGGGUUAUCUAGAAAUUUAGAUUUCAGCUCCUUUCCAGUCCACAUAUCCAAAAUGGGGCACUUAAGAACAGAGAAAGAUCAUGACAGUCGGAGUGCCAAGGUAGAAAGCGCUUCUGAUCUCUUCAGUACUGUUGAGAGGAUGAGUUCUAAUGGGACAUACCCAGCAGACGUCGAGUCACUGACUUCUGGAUCUAUAAAUGCACAGCCCUAUACAGCAGGAAAUGUGAUGCCAAGUUCCAUGACCGAAGCAUGGGAAGUCAGUCAUGCCAGCUUAGAAGGAUGCCUUCAGGGUGGCAGACAUUCUGCACUGAUAACUUCCUCUGGGCAGAAGAGGGCUUAUCACAAUCAUGACACCUUAGCCACUGAAGGAGACUGCUUACCUCAAGUUGGGGCUCUUCUCAGGAAAAAUACUACAGUUCAACCAGGACUAUUAAGUCACAGCGGCCACCAGCACCCCCUACUGGAAGAGGAGGCAGCUUCCCAGCAGUGCACCGAUGAGGAAGUAGCCAGAGCACACAUAGAUGCUUGUUGUACUUUCCCUUCCGGUCCUGAGCUGUUCCUGCACUCUGCCCACUGGAGCUCUUUCCCAUCCUCCCUGCAGCCGCCUCCCCUGGAAACAUUCUAUGUAACCAAAAGCAGGGAUGCCCUGACAGAAACUGCCUUAGAGAUUCCGGCCUGCAGAGAAGCCUGGGUGCCAUCCCCACCCCCUAGGGAAGCCUGGGGCUUUGGUCAUAGCCAUCAAAUCUCCCAGAAGGCUCACUGGAAAAAGAAUUUGCCCAAGUUGUCCCCAAGUCAGAAUUCUAAGAUUGAUUUACCUCAGCAGACAACAAAAAGACCGACAGAUCUGGACACAGGCGAAGGCACUGAAGAACUGGGGAAGCACUCGAGAAAUAUGAGAGAGGAAGAAAACCAUGAUUCUGCUGACUCUUUGGUUGCUCAGAACAGACAGCACCUCCCUCCUACCAAAUCCAAAGCUUGUGAGUGUGGAAAUCACCUUGGAAUUUUAAAUAAGGAAUACACCCUCUCAGUCCACGAGAACCCAGAAGGAGCCUCUGCGUGGCAUCACUGCAGUGUUGCCUUCAAUGGCUCUGAGUCAAAGACUUUGCUCUUCAUUUGUGAUUCCAAGGCAAGUGGGGAAGAACAGAGUCCACUGCUGCCACAGAUACAGUCCGGUGGUAUGCGCAGUCAGUCUCCUGGAGCCAGGUCUGAUUUCAUUGGCAAAAUCACCAAUUUAGACCUGGAAAAGGUCAUACCGGAUGAAACUGCUGUCUCUUUGAAAUCAAGAUCUCUCCACUGUCUAAGCAGCCCUGUGAGCUUGGCAGGAGGUGGAAGUCCAACCCACAGGUGGGAGGGGACGAAUGAAACUGUGCUUCUCAGAGACGUGAUUUCCAAAGACAUCCAGGAAGAGUUUAGUCUUCCAGGAACUCAGUAUAUCUGUGAAAGAUGCCAUCUAGUUAUAUGCUCUCAGGAAAGAGAGCCCACUGAAUGCAAGGCCCAUGGACAGUCACAAGAAGUACGGUCCAAAGAAGAGCCUUUGGAAGAGAAACAGAAUGAAAGAGUUAAUCAUAUCGACGAAAUGGCCAGGCUGAUCAGGAGUGUAAUGCAGCUGGAAACUGGCAUCUUAGAAAUUGAAUCCAAGCAGAAUAAGCAGCUUCAUGCUUCCCACAGGCCAAGUACAGAGCUUAUGCUCCAGGACUUAGAGGGCAAGGAGAAGGCUGACCAUGUCCCCAAGCCAGAAAGUUCUGGAGAACAUUUAUGCUUUGAGGAUCAGCCAUCUUUUCCAAUACAGAUAAAGGGUGGUAUCUUUGAAGACAGCAGCACUAGAGAAGUAGAGGUUAACAAUACAACUAGUAAUAAUAAUACCCAGAUUCAGAAACUCAGAUCAAGGGAAUAUGUACAAACGAGGGGGUCUGAGAGCGAGCCCUCAUGCCCGCCACCUGGAGCAGACAGACUUGCUAGGGACACAUGUGAUUCUUUGGGGAAAGGCACAGCUCUCAGAAAGCCUAGCAACAUUUCCCUUCACUCUAGGACAAUGAGAGCAUUAGCUAGAGCUCUGCCAUUGCAGCCCAGCAUAGAGAGACACGAGAAGGACAAUGAGCUUCUAAAAGCAUCAGCAAAAUUCCAAGGCCAGACUUGGUCCUUGGAAAGUCUUGAGGAACUGGAGAGUAUGGAAAGUUUUCAGGAAAGCCAAAUUGUUGUAGUCCCAAGUGGUUCAGAAUUGGAGAAUGCAAAAACUCAAGGAGGAGUUGAAGAAAUGACUGUGGACAGGAGAGGGAGCCUACAGGAAAAAGAGGCUAUGGUCUCAUCGAUUCAGAAAGUUUCUACUCCCAGCCAGCACUGGAAGGGCACAUUUUUCAGCCAGGAGGCUGUUUCCCCAUUCCAUAACCAGACAGCCUUCUCUGCAGCUCUUCCUCAUGGAGAGCUGAGUGGUACCCAACCUGUGCAUUCUCUAGGCUUCCCAAGAAGCGGUUUGCAUGGCUCUGAUACCAAAGGCAUCUCUUCAUUUGAGUACAUAUUAGAGCCUGUGAUGUUGAAAACUAAUAGAAAUUCUUUGGCAACUGGAGUAGGGGAUCAGGAUCACAUUGGAGAGACCAGAAGCAGGAGCCCACAGGAAAGUGCUUCAGGAGAUGUUUCUACCACACACACUCCCUGGGGUGGAUCUGUAAUGCCCGUGGUCAUGAGAGCUAAUGGUCAGACUGUUACACCAGACAGCACUCUCCUAAAUGCAGAGGACUGGAUAACAGUAAGCACUAGUUCCCAAGAAGACCAGGAAGGGGGCUUCAGGGAUACCUCCACAGGCUCAGCUACCCAGGAGACUUUGGAUUCUGAGGCCGAGGCAACUGUACAAAAAGAAAGAAAAACCAGUUCCUUGGACAGGAUCUCAAGGCAAGCUGAAAAGAGAGUCAGUUUCCUCUUACAAGAAGAUAGUAACCAGGGUGAAGAGGAAAGGCAGAAGGCAGAGGAGAAGUCAGAAGACCAACAACUUCCUAACUCUGCUUACUUAACGCCUGUGUCUGUACUGAAGGGACCUGAUCCAGAGCCUCUGCUGCUACCGGACUCCUCUAUCCAUGCAUCCCUAUGCUUGGGUAUCUUAGCAGAGAUCAGACAGGCAAAAGCACAGAGGAAGCAGCUUAAUGACUUUGUGGCUGAGGGGACAGCCCUUCCUUAUGAGACUUCCCAAGAAGCUGAGUGUUUUUCAGAGGCUGCUGGUAAGCCUCAGACACAGAAGGCUAGGUUAGGGUGGGAUAGCGCCAGGAAUGAUGCUAAAGUACAAAGACUGCAUGAGGCAUCUCCAACUGCUGUGUCUGCAGACCUCUUGGCUGAUGAGAGGAAAGCCCAGGCCACUGCAGGGAGCUUUCAUCAUCUGCCCAAUCCUGAAACUGACAGAGAACCACAGCAUCAUUUGCUGGCUUCCCCUCAUGUUGUUUCAGAGCUAGAAGAAAGAUAUUGCACUGGAAAACCAAGACAAUUUUGCGGAGCAAGUGGAUGGUCUGAUUCUUCUGAAGUCAUAGAGAUAAGGAAAGAAGCGUCUAGAACAAAGUCAUCUGUUGGUCCUUUGCCCUCAGACAGGCUUCUUUCUAUACCAGCUGCAGAGCAGGAUGGCAGGGUGGGAUCAGAGAAAGUGUCUGUCUUACCUUCUCAAACUUCUUGUGAUGCUCCUGGCAGGAUUCUGCAUGGGCAAGGUCAGUUGGCUGCACAGGAGAUUGUAAAGGGUAUAUCCUUUGGUGGGAAGGACAGUAUCCAGGGUCAUCAGGAACCUAGAAGUCUAGAUAGCACACAUGGAGGAGGCUCAGGUAAGAUCUCAUUGACCACACAGAAAGGAAAAGCAGUCUUUUCUGAGUGUCUGUCUGUGAUGUGUACUGUUGAUAAUGCUGUAGACCUUUCUCGGCCUAAGCAAGACCAUGUUCAUGGCUUGGAUGCUUCUACUGGCUUAGAAGAAAUGAAGGCAAGUCCAAAGUCAUGUGCUGUUCACCCUGAAGCUCCAAGAAAGGUUGAAGGAGAAGCUAACAUACGUCAUCCUGUUAAGUGGAAAAAUGUUCACUCUGGUCUGGCAGUAGCAUGUGGGGGUGACAGCAAAAAUCCAUGGUCAACUCCAUUUCUAGAUCAAAGACCAAGCCUGCAUCCCAGUGGAGUUAGAGAAGAGGCUCCAGGUCCAUGCCCAAAAGACUGCCUUGUCUUUGAGAGGAACACUGGAGGCAGCAGGCCACUUGGCUCUUCUUAUGAGGAGGCAGAGAACAGAACUAUUCCUUGCCCUCACUUAAGUGGUUCUCAACCUAUUGCUGCUGUUUACGCAUGCUGCUCUCAUUCCUCUCCUCUGCCAUGCUAUAGAGAUGGUGUCCUUAGGAAGGGAACCCCCUGGGCUGCUCCUCACCCUGACCACUCACCUUGCAUAGUACCAUCUAGGGUCUGUGAAGUGGACGGAGCAGGAGAGAGCUUUUCUCCAGUGUCUUUGGCACAUGGCCUCAAGCACAAAUGUGGGUCAGUAGACAACAGCAUUCCCAACCCACCCACUACAACUCCUGUCUCCUCUCCAGCUCAAAACUGCAGCUGCCUUUCCAUCUCAGCAAUGAGGGCAAGUUCCCUCACCCACACAUUUGCUAGGGGAAGGUCAGUGGAAGGUUCUGGGGAAGAGACUACAGGGAAUAAGGCCAGCACUGCCCCUGAGGAUACUUUUCCAUCCAGUCCUGCAGGCAUGAGCUCUGAGCCACUGAGAACUUUGAAGAAUAACUCUGUGGAUGAGAAUGGACAAGCAUCCCAAACCAUGCCAGAACCUCUUGCGGUGACUCAGGGACCACGUACCCUAAAUGCAAAUGAAUCUGUUGACAGUAAGCUGGUGAUAGCAGCUCAGUUUGGACAUUUAGAAAACACUAUCAAAUGCUGUUCAGAAAAGAUGCAACCAUCCACUAAGGUCAGGGGUCACAGUUGCUCAGGUCCCCAAGCCCAAUUUGUAACCAUGUUGAAACCUACCUGCCACCCUAAGAUUGAGACUUCAUGGGAAGAGGAAGAACAACAGAGAGACCAGGUCUCAGGAGAUGGCAAAGACCAUGCCCAGGUCAGAAAUCUAGUACCUUCUAACGUUGGUGGCUUUGAUGGCUGUCAGACUAGAGAUGGUGAAACCAAGUCUUCUGUGCCCCAGACUUUCUUUUCAGACUUUGAAGCCCAAACGGAACCAUCACAGCCUGCUGCCCAGACUCAUAGCCAGCACUGCUCUGAUAGGAAGCAGCUGCCUCGCAGCCACCACAGGCACUUGCUUCCUGUGAUUGCAAUCUUCUCUGGCCCCAAGCACGCCAAGUACUCUCCUAGCCCAAAGUUUCAUAUGGUCAGCUCAUCUCGGUCUCUUCAAGAACUAAAUUUGAGUGUGGAACCUCCAUCCCCAACAAAUAAAGAUGCACAGGGGCCAGAUAGCUUGUGGAGACCACAUCUCAGGGGUCAUUCCUCCGAAAAGCCAGUAUCAACAUCUCUGAAGACUCAGGAUUACAGUCAGAAAGCUUUGUGUAACUUGAACAAUAGCUCCACUGAUCACAGGUCCUUGAACCCUGUCAUUCCUCCUUACCCAACGUCUUCCACUGUGUCAUGUAUGCCAACCCCUGAGUUCUUGACCACCUGGAUGCCUGGUGCUUUGGAACAGGCCCAUCAAGGAAAGAAAGAUAAACUGAGUGUCCAGUGUAUGCCAGAGAAUUGGCAUUCUCAGACGGACAAAGAAAUGCUGCACUUUGGUUCUAGUGAAUUAAGUCCCUCUGUCCUGCCCUCAUGUCCACAGGGACCUGUGCAUAUUGGUUGGAAGCAAUAUGUAUUUGGAAGUGCAGUUGAUGUCUCUUGUAGCCAGAAACCCCAAUGCCUAAUACAAUCAAAUAUGGCUCAGCAUUCUAGCAUGGACAAUGUCCUAGAAGUCAAGAAAUCUCCAUUUCACUCUCAUCCCAAGUCUGAUGCCCAAACCCAGGAUUUGCCAAACAUACACAGUAACAUUGAGAAUGACCAAAGUUCAAAUGAGCUCCCUCUGGCUGGAGGGAGUGCCACAGCUCAGGUAGAUGAGAUUGUACUACUCUGCCCAACAGAGACAGGCUGUGCUGGGGCGGAGGCCAGUAUGAAUACCUUUGAGCAGAGAACACAGGCCCUGGGCAGCAGGUGCCACUGGAGUUGCACUGAUGUCUCUGUUCAGCCUGAAGCCAGGACAAUGUCAGACUCUGAGCUAGCCUCCUGGACCAGCAUGCACAACCUGUCUGUCCACCUUUCACAGCUUCUGCACAGUACUUCAGAGCUGCUUGGGAGUCUCUCACAUCCAGGUGUAGUCAUGAAGGAACAGAAUGUCAAGAGUGAAUCCCUAGAUGAGGCCCAACAGGCCCUCAUAAGGGACGGUUCUGCUCUGACCACCGUGGAUGAGGGCAUCCAGACAGACCUGGCCUUACCUCCUUUGGCCUUCCAGAACCCAGAGAUCAAGUCUGAGGAGGUCAGUGUGAUCCUUGAAGUGAUGGACUCGGGAAUCACCACUGUGGCUCAAGAAAAGGGAGAUGUCCCAGUGGUGUUUCAGAAGCGGGAGGCCGAGGAAGCAGCAGCACCUCUAGGUCUCCAUGAAGGAAGCACCCAUGAUAAGCUGCAGAACCCUCCUGUUCCCCCCGUACCACACUUGAGGUUCCAGAAAGCUGAUCUUGGGCAGAACUUUACUUUCAUGAGCCCCCCAGCUUCUCCUGAUGGUUCCCCACCUCCCAGUCUGCAGCCAGAGGAAUCUUGCAUGGUGGUCAAUAUGCCCAGAAUCUCCCCCCACUCAGGGCUUUUCCUUGGUGCUUCCGAGUCCACCCAGGAGCCUAAAACCCAGAAAAGGUGGUGUGGCUCGAGUGCUGUGCUGGUGGAUAGGGCUUCCUCUCCGAUCCUUACGUUUAGUGCCAGCAUCCAGGAGCUGAGCAAACCCUUAGCCUGUGUGACUCUAUCAGUUCCCUCAGCUCAUCCUCUUGAAGACUUCCAGAAGCUUGACAUCAAUUCAGACCUCGCUGUUGGUGACCCAAGACCUCCAGUGGAUAAUUCUCAAGCCAGCGAUGAGUCUGGUGACUCUCAGAGAGCUGAGUCUCUGGACAGAGGAGGCAAGAGCCCCUUAGGAAAAAGCCCUGAGAGAUUACUUCUUGAUACUAGCUCCCCAUGCAGCCCACAGCAGAGCUCUAGUCUCCAAGUUAGUGUCUUAGGAACGGCCCCUCAGCAGCUUCAGCCUGAGAGCACCACUGGAGACCAAAGCAAAUUGCCAUCUCCACCACCAGGGCACAGGAACCCAAAGCUAGAUGACAGCUGUGUGACUGAGAAGGUGACUUCUAUAGAGCAUGGUCCACUAAGGCCCAGUCAGUGGCAGAGCAGGGCAGCAAAUAAAGGCUCAGAGUUUAUGGUGGUGCCACAACCCAAUCUGAAUCAACCUUCUUCACGGAGAGGUCUUCAGCCCGUUAGCCCUUGUCAGAUCUCUGAUUCUACAGGGAUUCAAAGUCCUGCGGUAGACCCACCUCAGGCCUGCCACCCUGUGGGGCUGCUCUGUUCUGGUUCACAUAUGCAUGUGGCCCCUGGUCCCCAGCAUUACAACCUCAGGGAUCCCCCAGUUCAUAACAAUUUUAAUAACUUGUAUGGAGUUCAGAAAGGACCUUGCGGAGGUCUGCAUGUAGGUAAAAGUUUAGAGGUCAGAUGUGACUCCAGUUCUGUAGGGACACAAAGGCCCCAGCAGCCUUCUGAAAAAUAUAGCCAGAACCUGGAUUGGCUUCAAUUGGAGCACAUCCCCUUACAAGCUGGGGUUCAGAAGCUCUCUCUCAGUGUGGAACUCACAGAAGCAAAACUACACCAUGGCUUUGGGGAGACGGAUGCCCUGCUGAAGGCGCUGCAGAGUGGGACAGGGGAGAUGCUUGCUCCUCAAGAGCCUGCUGUUCCCUCCAGUGAGGGGUUCUACACUAGGCAAAAAAAGACUCUUGAGACCCUCAGGAGGCAGAGGGCUGAGCGACUUCAUAACUUCCGUCGCACGCGAAGCCUCAGUCCCCAGAAACUGGGCUUUCUGCCCAGCAAGGAUUUCCCUACCUGGGAACUCGACUUGCCCAGCAGACGCCAAGAAUACCUGCAGCAGCUGAGGAAGCAUGUCGUGGACAUCACUAGAAUCCCAGAACCAGCACCAAGAUUAGCUCGCCCUCCCUCGGACAUUGAGCUCAUGCUUCAAGAGUAUCACCGGGCUCGUGAAGAGGCCAAGGCGGAGAUUGCCCAGGCUCAAAAUCGGCUCAAGGAAAGGACUGAACAAGAAAAGAUGAGAAUCCGACAGCAGAUCAUUUCCCAGCUGCUGAAGGAAGAGGAGAAACUCCAGACUCUAGCCAACUUCAGCUCCCUGUACACCAGCUCCAAUGGAAGCAUAUCUUCUGGUGUCACAUCUGGUUACAACAGCAGUCCAGCCUUCUCAGGCCACCUCCAGUCCCUAGAGGUUUCGGAGGACUCUCAAAUGCCAGAUUCCCAAGACACUUGGAUAGGGGACUGGCGGGGCCGGUCCACAGUGAGGAACAGUUACCUGUAUCUGACUGGGUCUUCCUGGAAGAGCUUAGCCCACAGCCGCAGAGCCUCGAUGGGCAGUGGCUGCUUUUCUCCCUCCAGCCUAUCCAGCUUAGGGACCUGCUUCUCGUCCCCCUACCAGGACUUGGCCAAACACAUUGUCAACACAUCAAUGGCUGAUAUAAUGGCUGCUUGUUCAGAUAAUCUCCACAACCUCUUCAUCCGCCAGGCAACAGAUGGCUGGAACUAUCAGGGUGAGGAGCAAGAGGUACAGCUUUACUACAAGGAAUUCUCUUCCACUCGACAUGGAUUCUUGGGUGCAAGUUUGGUGUCCCAGCCACUGUCUCAAGUCUGGGCAGCUGUGAGUGAUCCCACUUUGUGGCCUCUGUAUCACAAGCCCAUCCAGACAGCAAGGCUACAUCAGCGAGUGACCAACAGCAUCAGCCUGGUGUACUUGGUGUGCGAUACCACACUGUGUGCACUGAAGCAGCUGCGAGAUUUCUGCUGUGUCUGCGUGGAAGCCAAAGAGGGGUGCCUAUCAAUCAUGGCAGCUCAGUCUGUGUAUGAUGCAUCCAUGCCAAGACCUAGCAGAAAAAUGGUCCGAGGAGAGAUCCUGCCCAGUGCUUGGGUCCUGCAACCUGUCAUCAUAGAGGGGAAAGAGAUAACCAGAGUCAUCUUCCUUGUCCAGGUGGAGCUGGGUGCACCAGGCUUCCCUCCCCAUCUUCUGAACUCCUGUAUCAAACAGCAGCCAUUGGUUGUGGCCAAUCUGGCAUCUUUCCUUCGUAGUUAGCAUUGGGCCAUGGAGACAGCAAUGCUGAGAUGUAGGCCCAGGACAACUGAGACUCUACAGCUGCUUCUAGACCCUGAGGCAAGAAGAGCCCAGGCUGCCUUCUAUACAGAUGUUAUAGCCAACUAUACAGAUGGCACCAGCCCAGGGUUGCCAGCAAAACCAGUACUUAGUUACUUCUGAAGAGUGAACAACCUGAAGCUCCUGGCCCUAGCUGUCCAAAGCAUGAAAUCAACUCAGCUUCAGGAUUUUUCACCGUUAUUUCCUGCCUCUGGGACUCAAUGGCACACCACGUGUUCAAAGACUAGAAAGAACACAGCCCGUGGAGCUGGGGACUGCAGUGCUUUGGCAAGGUGCCUCCUUGGCAGGCAGGGUGCUCUGGAUCUGCCUCCAAAACUUAGCCCCACUGUGUGAUGGAGUGGCAGAAAGGACCAGACCAUACAGUUUAAAGAAUCACCUGUACAAACCAGGUUCUGAUUGCGAAUUUUCUCUCAUUGAACAUUUACAAACAUUUUACUAUUCAUAUUACUCUCCCCACUCUGUGUGUCACAGUGUAUCACUGGUACAGUCAGUCUACCUUUUAAGCUCAGUACAGUGGGAGACCACUGAAGGCAGAUCUUUGAGUUUGAAGCCGACCAGGUCUACACAGUGAGUUCCUAGGCAGCCAGGG